AUGACGUAUUUCACAUACAUGAACUCCAUGCCGAAAUCGAUUGACUAUGAAAUAGAAAACAGAAUUCCUCCUUGGAGUUUUUAAGAAAGCAAAAACUAUGAGCAGAUCAAUUUCAGAAUUACGAUGUAUACCAAGACUUGCUUCUGUUUUAUCAAGGCCAAUGCUCACUGGAGGAUUAUCUCAAGUUUGUGUGUGGCAUAGUUACCAGCAUUUUAAUAGAAAAUGUGGCAAUUAUGAGUACUGCUCUCAUAAACCUUUCCAUUCAUUGUGUGUAGGUCAUCAGAGCUUGUUGCAUCAACAAGGGAUUUCUAAUGUUUUGUUGUGUGCGGAUAAUUAUGACGUGUUAUCUUACUGUCAGAGAAGAGGAAAAACGAAAGGAAAUGUAAAAGGGAAAAAAGAAAAGAAAAAAGCACCAGAGAAGCGAGAUGUUGAUGAUGAUGAGGAUGAAGAUCCCUUGAAGAAGUUUAGGGUACAGCUACAGUGGCAGUGUGAUCACCUGAAGGAACAGUACCUUACACAACUUGGACUUCGUACCACUCCCAGUUCCUAUGAAUCUCUUGUGGUGACGUUAGAUAAAUCACACACUGUUCCAUUAAACCAACUUGCACAGGUCAUACAGAAAUCUCCACAGUUGAUACAAAUCAACAUGGAUGCUUCGCCACAGUAUGUGAAAGAAGUAAAGACUGCCCUGAUGAAAAGUGGGUUGAAUAUAAAUCCACAACAAGAAGGAACAUCCUUGUUUAUAACUACCCCAAAGGUAACAAGAGAACACAGAGAAAAUUUAGCAAAGAAUGCUCAAAAGUUAUUUAAUGAUACCAAAGAAAAAAUGGUUGGAUUUCAAGCUAAACAACUAAAAACAGCCAAACGCAAUGAUGACAAGAAUUUGGAUGCUGAAAUCAGAAAACUGUAUCAAGAAUACUUGAAAAAAGCUGAAAGUAUGAUGACAAAGAAACAAAAGGAUUUAACUGGAUAAAACUUUCAAACUUUUUUAUAAAAAAAAUUGACUGAUUCAUGUAGUUAUCAGGAUAGCAAUAUUGAAUUGAAUUAAAGCUAUUAUUGGUGACAAAUUGUU